GGGGUAGUUUUGUGUUUAAAGGCCAGAUUGUCUAAACAGGCCAGUAAGAGACUACUCAUCCUGCUGAUUAAACAAAUGACUUGUUUUUCAACAUAAUAAUAAUGUACUUUGGAUAAAAUAAAUGCAGAAGAGCAGAAAGACUUAUUUAAAUAUCACAAAUCUUACUUUUCAAAAGCGUUUGACAGGUAGUGUAGAUGAAAGCAAGGGUGUUUUGUGAUUUUACCUAUCGAAAUAUCACAUCAAAAGUUCACAGUAUUUGAUUCACUCUGGCGUCAUCGGAGAAGACUACACUUCCCAUGAUGCAUCUCUCCAGCGCUGUAGCGGCAGCAGCAACAGAAGGCGCGUCGCUGAUAACAUCGCGCGGAAUGGCUGCGUCUCUGUCCCGUGCUCUGAAAUUACCAGGUAAGAAGGGCCCGGAUCUGGGCGAGUAUGACCCGCUGACACAGGCUGACAGCGAGGAUGAGACGGAGGACGAUGAUCUGGUUCUGAAUUAUCCUCGUAACGGUCUGAACCCGGCGGUGGCUGAUCUGAGGGGCGAGCAGGAGUUGGAUGAGGAGGAGGAGCUGAGGGAGGGGGCGGGGCAUGAUGCAGGGCCUGGGCGGAGUCAGGGCGGAGCCGCAGAGGAGAAGGCAGCGCGGGUGCGAGGGGCGAUGAGAUCCGCAGCGUUCCUGCUGCCGCUGUCCUGCGCCGCUCUGCUGGUGCUGCUGUGUGCGUUUCUCAUCCCCUGCCCACAGGGGGCGCCGCUCCAGACGCAGUGGGAGAGAGAGCUCGGAGACACAGCCGGCGUGACCUCACCUCCCAUUGCAUUGUGGGAUGUGGAUGGGGACGGACUGGAUGACGUUUUGAUUGCCGUUACGAACAUCUCCAACGACAGCCAGCCAAUGAACGCACAAAGCAAAGAGUACAGCGUGUGGGCUCUCAGCGGCGUCGGGGGCCAGCUGCUCUGGAGGAAGUCGCUCAGAGAGCCGUUGAUCUCUGUUCAGUGUGGACUCCAGACAGGAAGUUCAGAUCCACUGCACUCGUCUGCCUGCGUCCUAAUCAGCUCGGGCCACAUGAUCACCAUCAACGCCUCCACAGGAUGGACGUUGUGGACGACGGCUGUAGGAGAUGUGGAGUCUCACGCUGUUCUGCUGCCGGAUCUACAGGGAGACGCCUUUCCAGACCUGCUGAUCGCAACACUGCCGGAGGACAAGGUGUCUGAUCUGGCUCUGGUCCUGAUCUCUGGCCGCUCGGGUGCUCUGAUUGGCCGGCCGGUGAACUUUAACCUUACAGCUCAGGGGAAGCUGAUUGGUCCGCUGCUGCACGAGACGCAAGCGGGAGCCUACUACGUGCUGUUCGGACUGGGAACGGUGGAGGCCGUCUCUCUCUCCCUCAUCUACAGCAGAGCGACGGGUCAGACGGCAGCAUCUCGAGUUCGUCUGAAGGAGCCCAGCUGGGAGCGUCUGAGGAAGAGCAACUCGUCUUCACUCAUUCACAUCAGCAGUGUCUCUGAGCAGGUGGACUUCCUGCUCUCUCUGGUGGUGGGCUCGUGUCAGCGUCUCAGGAAUCUGGACGGAGUGUCAGCGCUGAACUGCAGUCGCAGUGACUGGAUUGUGCUGAGUAACUCCAGCAGACGUCUGUCUGUGCUGAGAGCCAGUGACACUCGGCCCGUCUGGAGCCUCGGCCUCGCCUCCUUGCGCACUCGUCCCGCAGCGGGCCACUUUAAUGACGACGGCAUUCCUGAUCUGCUCAUUCAUCAGUCAGCCAAUGGUGUGAGGAAGGUGAAGAUUGUGGAUGGCGCGCGGGGGCGGAGCCUGUGGGAGGCGGAGUUUGUGUGUCCUCGUCUGGCGGUGGAGGAUUCGUCAGUCCUGAUGGCGUCCGGCCAAUCGGUGUUCCUCUUCUGGGCGGGAGAUCCGCUGGCACAGCCGCAGAACGUCUCCAAGGCAACCCCCCUCUGCAGAUCACAUGACUGGCACAUGCGCUCAGAGCAGCGUCUCAUUGGCUGUGUUUGUGUCCCACAGGUGGCAGAGCCGGUGCUCCGCAAGCUCUUCCUGCUCCACCCGAAGUAUCCCACAAUCCUCCUGGAGCUCAGCAGCACCACAGACACCAUCCUCAGUGCCGCCGUGAGCUACCAGGCGCAGCAGAAGGACGCGUCCUACAUCAGCGUGUCGUCUCGUCCCUCGGCCGGCCGUGCUCUCGGUGCUCAGAUGCUGCAGAUGCUCAGUCUGAGAGCGGCCGUCGCAGACGCCAGGAUCCUUCAGCUCACAGACACAGACAAACCCAGCGCUUUCCAGCUGCGCAAGAUCUUCAGACGCCUGGCCUUCAGACAGUGACGUGUGUCGGACUCGAGCGCUGCAGACCACACACUGGUUGAACAGCAGAGCACACACACACACACACACACACACACACACAAACACACACACACACACACACACACACACACACACACACACUCACACUCACACUCACACUCACACACACACACAGACACAGACACAGACACACACUCACACUCACACACACACACAGACACAGACACACACACACACUCACACUCACACUCACACACACACACAGACACAGACACACACACACACACACACACACACAGACACACACACACACACACACAGGUGUGAAUCCUCAUCCUGGCUGCUCUGUGCUUGUGUCCUGACUCUGGUGUCUGCACGCUGGCUUCGCUGUAGAUAUAGCCCUGACUCUCUGUACAGUAUUUAUGUGUGUGUGUGUGUGUGUGUGUGUGUGAGGGAGAUGUUCACACUCAUAUAUUCGUGUGACACACUGGAGGAUGUUUAGAGAGGAACCUCUGACAGAAGGAUCAGCACAUUUACUGACACUGUGUGAAACACAUGAAACACAAGUGUGAUCUGAUGAUCAGACUACAAACAUCAAACACUUGUGAUUUAUCAGACUACAGUUACCGUUUCAUGGAUCACAUGAUCUUCACACAGUGGCAGUGAAUGACUGAGAAUCUGUUGGAUCUGUGUAAAAUAACCUGUGUUCACAUUCGCUCAGAAAGUCUGGUGUUGUGUGGAGAUUCACUACUAAAUCAGUUCAGGCUGAAGAAGUGUUUCAGUACUGACUCAACUACUGAUGAACUCUGUGUUUCUGUGUCUUUACCAGGCUUUUCUUUCAAACACAAUAAAAGGCACAAACUCA